AUGUAAGUUUAUCAAGACCACUCUGAUGCAUCAUCAAAUGUGGAUGAAAUUUAUCAAGCUAAGAGAAGAGCCCUUAUAGCAACUCCUUAAACUUCAGUCCUCUCUAGAUUCAAUUACAUCAAUUCUCAUACAAUAGUAUGCUUUUAUCUAUCAUUUUCCAGUCACAUCGAUGACUCCCAUCUGAGGAUUCACUUGUUAGAGUAUUUUAGAUUGAAACUUCAUCAAAGCAACCUAGCUGUGUAUUCCAAAAUUAUUAUCAAUAAAAUUAUACCCCUUUUACAAACUCCAAAUAUAGUGGGUAAUCACAUACCCAUCAACCUUGAAGCCUACACUCUUGUCUUGGAUAUGGAUGAGACGUUGAUUUAUUAUGAUGGUGACAAAGUUUAUUAGCGCCCAUUCUUAUUAACUUUCUUAAAGUAAAUGAGUCGAAUAUAUGAACUAAUUUUAUUCACUGCAGGACUAGAAUCUUAUGCACAUAGAAUCUUGAAUAAGCUUACUAUGAAGCAAUACUUUUCUUAUUUUCUUUUUCGAUAACAUACCAAUAUUUAUAAAGAUUUCUAUGGAAAAGACCUCAGAAAGCUAGGAAGACUUUUGUCGAAAACAAUUAUCAUUGAUAAUACUCCUGAGUGUUUUAGUCUGCAACCAGAAAAUGGAAUCCAGAUUUAGACUUGGAAAGGGGAUUUGUCAGAUGCAGUACUCUUAACCUUAAUCCCUAUCUUGAAAGCAAUAAGAUUUAGCAAUAAGGAUGUCAGAGUGAAAUUAAGAGAAUAUAAGAAUUACCCAGGUUUAAUUUUCCCUAAAUGAUAUAUUAUUAUGAAAUUUAUUUAACGUCUCCAGUGAUUAUAAUAUUUAUUAUUAAUGAAUAAAAAA